AUGGAGAUCUCAGCUUUCCUCAAUAUCCUGGUGUUGCCUCUGUGUUUGUUUGAGAUGAACUCAGUUUUUUUCUUGAGCGGGUCUCUGAUUGGCUUGAAACAAAGGACUGGGGUUGAUGUUGCCAGUGCUGAUGCUUCCUAUGUGAGAUGUAACCCGUGGGGUACGAGACAUUCACCUGCAUUCUCAAUGGACGGUGACUUUGUUAUAGGUGGUGUGCUCUCUAUUCACUAUAACAUGUACACAGAGAUGUAUAAUUAUGCUACCAUGCCUGAGCCACUAAAGUGCACAGGAAGCAUAAAUGCCCGUGAUCUGCGUUUCUCUCAUACAAUUAUGUUUGCCAUUGAGGAGAUUAACAACAGCACAGAGCUGCUGCCUGGUAUCAGGCUUGGUUAUCAGAUCCAUGACUCAUGCGCUGCAGUGCCUGUGGCCGUGCAAGCUGCUUUUCAGCUAUCCAACAGGGAGGACAAAAUCUUCUACAAAGAUAGUAAUUGCUCUCAGUCUGGCAUGAUGGCAGCUGUUGUUGCUGAAUCUGGAUCCACACCAUCCAUCAGCAUUUCUCGGAUCAUUGGAUCCUUUAACAUUCCCCAAGUCAGCCACAUUGCCACAUGUGCUUGUCUGUCUGAUAAGCAACAGUAUCCAAAUUUUUUCAGAACUGUUCCCAGUGAUGCAUUUCAGUCUGUAGCGCUGGCCAAGCUGGUGAAACACUUUGGCUGGACUUGGAUAGGCGCUAUCUGCUCUGAUUCAGAUUAUGGCAAUAACGGGAUGGCCUCUUUUCUUCAAGCAGCUCACAAGGAGGGGAUUUGUGUGGAGUUUUCUGAAUCUUUUCAUCGGACGCAGCCUCAUAAAAUCCAAAAAGUGGCCGAUUUUAUCCGCAGGUCAACAGCUAAGGUUAUUGUUGCCUUUACUGCCACUGGAGAAAUGAAAGUCUUGUUGGAAGAACUUGCCGCAAAACCUUCACCAUCUCGUCAGUGGAUAGGCAGUGAGUCCUGGAUUACAGACACAAAUUUGCAAAAGUUCACUUUCUGUGAGGGGGCCAUUGGAUUUGCUAUUCCAAAAUCUGACAUCCCAGGGUUAAGAGAUUUUCUGCUGGAUCUCUCUCUUUCUGAAGUGGCAGCAUCCCCAGUGCUGACUGAGUUUUGGGAGGAGACAUUUAAAUGCAGACUGAAAAAAGAUGUGAAUACCGAGCAACGUGUCUGCAAUGGAAGUGAAGACCUACAAAAGGUUCCAAAUGCAUUUAUUCCAUCAUCUCCACUGAGAAUUACUACACUGGUAUAUAAGGCUGUUUAUGCGAUAGCACAUGCUAUUCACAGUGUUGUGUGUGUGAAAAAAAAUGAAACAGCUGAGUGUGACAAACAUUUGAUGUUGGAAUCCAAACAGGUUUUAGAUGCACUAAAGAAAGUCAAUUUUACCAAGAAUGGCUAUCCUGUGUCUUUUGAUGCUAAUGGAGAUCCUGUGGCUGUUUAUGAGCUGGUCAACUGGCAGAAGGGUGAAAGUGGAAAUAUUGAGUUGGUAACAGUAGGAUUCUAUGAUGCAUCUCUGCCUAUAAAUAAAGAAUUCCAUAUUGACAGAAAUCUAACCUGGAUGGAUGGUCAGCAACCAGUGCCAGUGUCAGUGUGUACUGAUAGCUGUCCUCCAGGAACUCACAAAGUGCUGCAAAAAGGAAAACCCAGCUGUUGCUUUGAUUGUAUACCAUGUCCUGAAGGAGAGAUUAGCAACACUUCAGAUUUAUCUGAUUGUUUCACGUGUCCCAUCGAAUUCUGGCCAAAUCCAGAAAAGGACUCAUGUCAUCCCAAACCAGUAGAAUAUCUUUCCAUUGAUGAGACUUUGGCUAUCAUCUUGGCUGUCGUCUCUGUUGGUGGAGCAUGUCUUGCCAUCCUAACAGCAGCAGUAUUUUUCCAUCACAGAACAACCCCAAUAGUACGGGCCAACAACUCAGAGCUGAGCUUCCUGCUGCUCUUCUCCCUGACUCUGUGUUUUUUAUGUUCCUUAACUUUCAUAGGGGCUCCCACUGAGUGGUCUUGUAUGCUGCGUCACUCAGCUUUUGGCAUCACCUUUGUUCUUUGUAUCUCCUGUGUGCUUGGAAAAACCAUAGUGGUCUUGAUGGCCUUUAAAGCUACACUGCCAGGUAGCAAUGUCAUGAAAUGGUUUGGUCCUCCACAGCAAAGACUGACUGUAGUGUUUGUUACAUUUGUUCAAGUGUUAAUCUGCACUGUUUGGCUUGUGCUGAGGCCUCCAUUUCCAAUGAAAAACUUCUCCACAUAUAAAGAGAAGAUCAUCCUGGAGUGCGAUUUGGGUUCUGCCAUUGGGUUCUGGGCUGUGUUGGGUUACAUCGGCCUUCUGGCUGUGUUCUGCUUUGUGUUAGCUGUGCUGGCUCGGAAACUGCCGGACAACUUUAAUGAAGCCAAGCUAAUAACAUUUAGCAUGUUGAUUUUCUGUGCAGUCUGGCUGAGCUUCAUACCAGCUUAUGUCAGCUCUCCUGGCAAAUUCACAGUAGCUGUGGAGAUAUUUGCUAUUCUGGCCUCCAGUUUUGGACUAAUAAUGUGUAUAUUUGCUCCAAAGUGUUUUAUCAUACUUUGUCAACCUGAGAAGAACACCAAAAAAUAUUUAAUGAACAAAAAUUAAAUGUUUUUCUUAGUUUUGAAAAUGCAAGUCGUUAUGUUUAAACUUUCUAAACCCAUAACUAAGCCACUUAGUCUUUUCUUGCUUUUGUGUUUUUAAACCCGACAAUUAUUUUUUAUUUAAAUAUUUAUGAAAUAUGUAAUGAACCAAAAAUGUGUCUGUAAAAGAAAUUGCAUGUGUGGAAACUGUUUGGCAAUACUUUAGACAAUGCAAUACACAUCUUUUUUUGGAAAAACAAACUCUAACUUG